AAAUGAGUGUCUAAUAUAAAUAUUUGUCACUAUCCUCAUCCUCGGAAGCAACACUGGCUUCCAUGUCCUGUUCAUCCAACUCGUCUUCGUCGUCAUACUCACCAUUUUCAUCAUCCUCUCCUACGGCACCAAAUUCAUCCCCAAUGAUUUGUUCACUGCGACUACUCCUUCAGUCUUUGCCCUUGCCCUUUCCAACCCCCUCUUUGCCCAUAUGCAUCAAAUGAAUAUACUGAUAAGUGAUAAUGAUACCUUAUCACCAUCACGGAUUCACGGGUACGGUGUGCGGCAGUCAGUCAGUCAGUGUCCUCAGCUUGUAGAAAAUCCCAGGGUGCCUAGCCACCACGUUCCUGAACCCCGGUGGCAGCCGGCCGCAGCGCCUCCCCAAGCUGGACCAGCACCUCCUUCUCCAUCUUCUUCCACACCGUGAGACUCAGGACCUCGUGCAGCACCGCCACAGUCCUCGUCCCCGUAAUGUUACUCCUUGGCGCCAGGCGCGACCCACCCUCAUAGGGCGAAAUGUACGGCAGCCUCUGCCAAUCGUCCAGCUAUUUGCGCGCCUUCUUGUGGAGCUCGAAUCCUCUGGGAACGAGAGUGGGAAGGCGACCGCGUCGCCGACCUUGUAGCCGCCGGUGCGCUGCGCGUAGACCUGCAUCACCGACACGGCAGGGUUCUUCCUGUAGCAGACGAGCUCUCGAGGAGGCUUCCGUCCGGGGAGAGUAGUCCGGGAAGUCCGACGCGCGGAAGAGAGUGCAGCAGCACGUCGUGCGGCGGCGGCGGCGGCGAGGAGGAACGGCACUAGGUGGUGCUCCCGCUCCACGACGUGGUCGAGGGCCCCCGGUCUCGCGCUCACGGCACGCGCGCCUCAAGGAGGCGCCGACGGUGCACGCCACACCCGCGGCAGCGGCGGCAGAGGCAUUGGGAGGCAGCCAGCCGAAAUGCGGCGGCGGGUGGGAACGGGGAAGAGAGUCGAUCGAUCGAGCCAAGGAAAGGGGAGAUCGGACGGUGGUCGGUGGUGUCUAUUUUUAGGUGGAGUGCCGAGAGUCUCGGUCAAAUUGAGGUCCAGCAGCAUGGCGCAACGGCGGGGAGUGAAACGGUGGGCAACGACCAAAGAGGCACAUUUUUUUGGCGGUUUCUCAACGUCGAUUGAUGCGGUGGUGAUUUGUGAGAGACUGCGACCUCUCAUCUCAUUGUCAGGAAUUUGGUCUUCGACGCAGGAGAGACGAACGACGCACUCACGAACGAAGCGCGAGUGAGCAUGGCAGGAUUGCUGGCGAUACAAUGAAUGAAUCGAACUGAUCCGCUGGAGGCGCCUCCUUCCCCUGCAUUGCAUUGCUUCCAUCACGAGAGGAGGGCGACUGAUUGAUUUCCACACGUGGUGGGUGGCGGCGCGCUCCUAGGUUUCAAUCUGACGACGACGACGGCGACGACACGAGCUCGCAAGAUGUCGUACGACCAGUCGGCUUUCCAGGUCGACUACAUGGGCGUCGGCGCCGGCGCCGGCGUCAGCGCGUCCCGGCGGCGGUUCAUGCCUUCGGAGUCGCUGGCCCGCGGCGUCAUCACGCACGGCUCGGCGCAGCUGCGCACCAUCGGGCGGUCGCUCCGGGCCGGCGCCACCAUGGCGGCCGUGUUCCAGGAGGACCUCAAGAACACCUCCCGGCGCAUCUUCGACCCGCAGGACCCGGUGCUGGUGCGCCUCAACCGCGCCUUCUUCAUCUCCUGCAUCGUGGCCAUCGCCGUGGACCCCAUGUUCUUCUACCUGCCCAUGGUCACCGACGAGGGCAACCUGUGCGUGGGCAUCGACCGCUGGCUCGCCAUCUCCACCACCGUCGUGCGCUGCGUGGUGGACCUCUUCUUCCUGGGCCGCAUCGCGCUGCAGUUCCGCACCGCCUACAUCAAGCCGUCCUCCAGGGUGUUCGGGCGCGGCGAGCUCGUGAUCGACACCGCGCUCAUCGCCCGCCGCUACAUGCGCCGCUUCUUCUCCGCGGACCUCAUGUCCGUGCUCCCGCUGCCCCAGGUGGUCAUCUGGAAGUUCCUGCACCGGUCCAAGGGCACCGCCGUGCUGGACACCAAGAACAGCCUGCUCUUCAUCGUCUUCAUCCAGUACGUCCCGCGCGUGGUGCGCAUCUACCCCAUCUCCUCGGAGCUCAAGCGCACCAGCGGCGUCUUCGCCGAGACCGCCUACGCCGGCGCCGCCUACUACCUCCUCUGGUACAUGCUGGCCAGCCACAUCGUCGGCGCCUUCUGGUACCUGCUGUCCAUCGAGCGGGUCAGCGACUGCUGGAGGAACGCGUGCGACGAGUUCCCCGGGUGCAACCAGAUCUACAUGUACUGCGGCAACGACCGGCAGCUGGGGUUCCUGGAGUGGCGCACCAUCACCCGGCAGGUGAUCAACGAGACGUGCGAGCCCAAGCGGGACGGCAGCAUCCCCUUCAACUACGGCAUAUACUCGCCGGCCGUCGUGUCGGACGUGCUCAAGUCCAAGGACACCACCUCCAAGCUGCUCUUCUGCCUCUGGUGGGGGCUGGCCAACCUGAGCACCCUCGGGCAGGGGCUCAAGACCAGCAUCUACACCGGGGAGGCGCUCUUCUCCAUCGCGCUCGCCAUCUUCGGCCUCAUCCUCAUGGCCAUGCUCAUCGGCAACAUCCAGACCUAUCUCCAGUCCCUCACCGUGCGCCUGGAGGAGAUGCGCGUGAAGCAGCGCGACUCGGAGCAGUGGAUGCACCACCGGCUGCUGCCGCCGGAGCUGCGCGAGCGCGUCCGCCGCUACGACCAGUACAAGUGGCUCAACACCCACGGCGUCGACGAGGAGGCGCUGGUGCAAAACCUGCCCAAGGACCUCCGCCGCGACAUCAAGCGCCACCUCUGCCUCGGCCUCGUCCGCCGGGUGCCGCUCUUCGCCAACAUGGACGAGCGCCUCCUGGACGCCAUCUGCGAGCGCCUCAAGCCCAGCCUGUGCACGGAGCACACCUACAUCACCCGGGAGGGCGACCCCGUCGACCAGAUGGUCUUCAUCAUCCGCGGCAGCCUCGAGAGCAUCACCACCGACGGCGGCCGCACGGGGUUCUACAACCGCAGCCUGCUCGAGGAGGGCGACUUCUGCGGGGAGGAGCUGCUCACGUGGGCGCUCGACCCCAAGGCCGGCGCCUGCCUGCCGUCGUCCACGCGCACCGUCAUGGCGCUCUCGGAGGUGGAGGCCUUCGCGCUGCACGCCGAGGAGCUCAAGUUCGUGGCGGGGCAGUUCCGCCGGAUGCACAGCAAGGCGGUGCAGCACACGUUCCGGUUCUACUCCCAGCAGUGGCGCACGUGGGCAGCCACCUACAUCCAGGCGGCGUGGCGGCGGCACCUCAAGCGCAGAGCGGCCGAGCUGCGGCGCAGGGAGGACGAGGAGCUGGAGGAGGACGAAGGCAAGUCCAACAGAAUCAGGACCACCAUACUGGUGUCGCGGUUCGCAGCCAACGCUAUGCGCGGCGUGCACCGGCAGCGCUCCAGGCGGGCAGUGGCCGUGUCCGAGCUGCUGAUGCCCAUGCCCAAGCCGCGUGAGCCCGACUUCGGCGACGACUACUAACGCCGAGUUUGGCGGGUGUAUGUACUCUACUAGUUUUAUACAGGUAGCAAGAUGCCCAAAAUCCCCGCGUAUGGUGUUCUGCUUCUUGUACAUGGAAUAUGAUUCAAAUACCCACUGGUGUAGAAUCUUGAGACAUUGGGUAAUGUAUGGCAUGUUUGGUUUGU